AUGUUCGCACAAACUCUAACUGGAGCCGCACGAGUAUGGUUUGAUGCGUUGAACGAAGGUGAGAUCAACGACUUUGAGGAGUUCCGGAGGCUAUUCCUCCAAAAUUUCAGCCAGCAAAGGCACUACUCUAAAGAAAUUACCGAAGUCCACAACAUUCGAAGAAAGGACGGAGAAUCUUUAGACAGUUUCAUUGACCGGUUUAACCGGGAAAGCAUGCAGAUCAGUGGGGUAGUUGACCAACUACGUAUCUCCGGAUUCUGUCACGGCGUUCGGAAUAAUCAACUAGUCGAAAAAUUGCACGAAAAUCUCCCAAAGACGAUGGAGGUACUUAUGGAACGGGCCAGAGCUUUCGCUCAAGGCAAGAACGCAUGUAAUCCUGCUCCAGAGUCAGAUCACAAGAUGUCUUCAUGGAAGAAAAAUGGUGGGUCGGUGUUUGAUAAGACCCCACCGGGAAGCAGGGGACGAUCACACCCUUACAGUAGAAAUGACAGACCUCCACGCGGGAAAAGCUCCGGGUCAAGAUUUUACAAUUUAUCGGAUCUCUCCAAAACUCCCAGUGAAAUUCUCAGUGCGGAAGGGGCAAAUUUCCCCGCUCCACCAAAACUUCGAAACCCAGGAGACAAAAAUUCCAAGAAAUAUUGUGACUACCAUCAUGCUCGGGGUCACAAUACAGAUGACUGUUGGUCUUUGAAGCAAGAAAUAGAAAAGGCAGUACGGUCCGGAAAGCUAUCGCAUCUAGUUAAAGAAGUAAAGGAAGGAAAAUCUUCAGGGAAUUCGGGAGAUAAUCCGAACAAUCAACCAGCAAUUUGCAUGAUCCGUAGGGUAAACAACCAAGGCAUCAAGCGGUCCAAUCAGCACUUGGCCGUCUGGAUGCAGCAACCCAUUGGUUUCCCGCCCGUCAGUCUGGAAGAUAUCAAGGACGGACCGGUCAUAGUGUCCGCUAUCAUUGCAGGACACAAGGUUUGA